AUGUACUGCGGCGACAGCGAGGCGCGCGACGUCCAAGCCGCCACGAAGCGCAGCCUCUACGACAAGUCGAUGCAUACCGAUGCGCCGGAGCUGCCCGAGUGUCUCGUCUUCCGCCCGACGCUCGCCGAGUUUGCGACGCCGGCGGCCUACAUUCGGUCGAUUGCCGCCCAAGGCCGGACAACAGGGAUCGCCAAGAUCAUUCCGCCCGACGGCUGGUCGCCGCCAUCUCAGAUCGACUUGGACGACAACACGGUGAAGAUGAAGACCGAGCUCCAGCGCAUUGACCUGCUGCAACAAGGCGUCCCGCACAAAGAAGGACCCGUUCGGACGCUUCGUUCGUACCGCGCGGCGGCCGCAGCGUUCGAGGCGCAGUGGUUCCAGGCGCAUGGCAUGGACGCAAAUACUGCGACACCGCGCGAGAUUGAGCGUGCGUACUGGAAGCUUGUCCUUGCGCCGUCCGAGGAGACCGAGGUCGAGUACGCCAACAACGUGAGCAUCCGUGAUCUUGGCAGUGGGUUUCCCAAGCCAUCCGACCACGUCCAAGCGUCGCUUCGAGCCAACGUGCCGGAGGAGGUCCAUUUCGCAGACCCGGCGUACUAUGCGAAGACGGCGUGGAAUCUGCAGAACUUGCCGUUCGCCGCUGGCUCGGUCCUCAGCUACGUCGACGCGGACAUCGAAGGCAUCAACGUCCCAUGGCUCUACUUUGGCAUGCUCUUCUCGACCUUUUCGUGGCACGUCGAAGACAACUUUCUCUACAGCAUCAACUACAUGCACCAUGGCGCACCCAAGCAUUGGUACGGCGUUGCAGCGUCGGACGCCGAGAGCUUGGAGGCCGCACUCAAGGCCAAUGUCAUCGAGACCGUUCGGCGCGACCCGACCUUGCUCGACCAGCUGGUGACGCUGGUCUCGCCGCAUCUUUUGCAGCAGUGCGGCAUCCAGGUCUUCAAGCUUCUCCAGAUGCCAGGCGAGAUGGUCGUGACGUUCCCGCGCGGGUACCACUGCGGGUUCAACCAAGGCUUCAACUGCAACGAGGCCGUCAACUUUGCCGUCGCCGACUGGUUCCCGGAAGCGCGGCUCAGCGCCAUGUGGUACCGCAAGCGCCGGCGCGGCAUGGUCCUCCCGUACGACCGCUUCAUGUACUGGCUCAGCCUUCGCCACCCGCUCCACGACAUGCUGCCCGAAGAUGGCGAAAAGCUGCUCGAUGCGUUGCUGCGCCUCCGCGACGACGAGCGCAAGGGUCGGCUUGCGCUGCGCCACAAAGGAGUGGUCCGCACGGCAGGCGUCGACGUCGGACGAUUGCCGCUCACCAAGGACGUGCUGGACUAUGACGACGCGCGCCGCCGCUGCUGCGUGUGCCAGUACACCGUCUUCUUCUCGGGCGUCAUCUGCACGUGCUCGGACACGAAGCUCGCAUGCUCCGCGCACGCGACGACCAUGUGCAGCUGCGCGUCAACGUCCAAGACGCUCGUGGUCUUUGUGUCGAUGAACGCGCUUGCUGCGACCAUCUCGGCGCUGCAAGACCGCGUCGCCGCCCUCUCGAGCCACGUCGCCGUCUGA